AUGGAUAGCAGCAGCUCUGGUGGAGGAGAUCAUGUUAUACCUGGCAACGCAUUGGUAGUGGACCGGACACUACCAUUCACACAGCUCAGUCAGUUUGGUAAUGGUUUUAUGAAUCGAUUUGAAGCAUCGAUGAUGGAGGGAUCACCAGUACUACAGGGUGUGUCAUUCAUUGAUACACCCGGUAUUCUAUCAGGGGAGAAACAGAGAUUGCAAAGAGGUUAUGACUUUGAAGGUGUUAUCAACUGGUUUGCUGAUAGAGUAGAUAUGAUAUUACUACUUUUUGAUGCUCAUAAGCUGGAUAUAUCUGAUGAAUUCCGUCGAUGUAUUCUAGCAUGUGGUCAGAAUGAGAAUAAAAUAAGGAUUGUUCUCAACAAGAGCGAUAUGGUCACUACUCAGCAGCUUAUGCGGGUGUAUGGUGCUCUUAUGUGGUCCCUUGGUAAGGUUAUAAAUACACCUGAGACAUCGAGAGUUUUCAUCGGAUCAUUUUGGGAUGAGAAACUCAACAACGAUGAGCAACGGAGUCUUUUUGAGAAUGAAGAAUCCGAUCUAUAUGCAGACAUAGCGAAGUUACCUGAAGAGGCUGCCCUCAGGAAACUGAAUGAUCUUAUUAAACGAGCAAGAUUAGCGAAGACACAUGCCUGUCUGAUGACAUAUAUCAAACAUGAGAUGCCCUCAAUGUUUGGGAAAAACUCGAAGAAACGUGAGCUUAUUGAGCAUCUAGAUGUGGUCUAUGAGCAAGUUUCCAAGAAAUAUAACCUCCCUAUUGGGGAUUUCCCUUCAGUGGAUUACAUGCGUAAAGAACUGGCACACUACGAUUUCCGUAAUAUGUCACUACAGUCGAUCCCAUCACCUGCCAGGGGCUUAGAUAAGAUCAAGAAGCCUCGAAGCCUAGAGCCUAUUGAUGAUGUGUUAUCCAAUGACAUACCCGCAUUGCUCAAGAUGAUACCUAAAGAACGUGAUGCUAAGGAGCUGCCUGACAUAUUUAAAGGAGGCAUUGCUAAUGUAACCUCUAUAUCACCAACAGCAGUAUCAGCAGUAGUUAUGCUUUCAUGGCUGGAUAUUCCUAGGUAUACAACAUUGUUUGAGUCUCUUGGUCCGGAUCCACUCGAUGGUAAGCUAUCUGGUGCUAUAGCUAAACAGGAGAUGCUUAAGAGUAAACUCCCAUCUGGAGUAUUACAUAGAGUAUGGAAUUUAGCAGAUGUUGAUCGCGAUGGAAAGUUAGACAUCUAUGAAUUUGCUCUCGCUAUGCAUUUCGUACGUAUGCGUUUAGAUGGUCAUACACUGCCACAUGACCUACCAGAGAAUAUGAUCCCGAAGUAG